UUGGAAGGUCCAGGAGCUCCGGCGGCGGAAAGCGGCGGCCGGUGGGCGACGGGGGCGGCGGAAAGCGAAAGCCCGGUGCCGGUGGGGCUGCGGCGGGGCGGCGGGCCCCGAGCCGAGGGGGUUAAACCAGGAGCCUCCCCUUACCUUCAAAAAGUUAAAAAUGUCUGGAGCCUGCAUCUCUUAAAGGGGCGGUGCUGGCUGCAAGGAGUCUUGGCACCGGCUGCGAGAAAGGCUGGUCAGGGGCGUGAGUUCCCCUCCACCAGCACCAAAACAUUGCAAAAAAAGGCAGAGCGCCCCACACUUUAGAUAAGGACAAUUAGCCACCGGCGAGCCCCUGCAGACAGCGAGUUAAUUAGGGGUUUCCUGCUCUCCGGCAUGCCCUGUCCCAGCUCCUGCCCCCCGGGGCUCUUAGCCCUGAUGGCACCCGGGCUGGCUCUCAUGGCCACCUUCUCGCUGCCCUCCCAGGCCGGGGACAGGAGGGCGCUGCCGGUGGAGAAACCUCCAGGUGUGAAGGGAAGAACUCUCAUUCUCCUUGAUGUCAACACCAAGAGCCCUGUCAGGAUAAUCAGUGAGAAUUUCCUCUCCCUGCAGCUGGACCCCUCCAUCAUUCAUGAUGGCUGGCUCGAUUUCUUAAGCUCCCGGCGGCUGGUGACCCUGGCGCGGGGCCUGGCCCCCGCCUUCCUGCGCUUCGCGGGCAAGAGGACGGACUUUCUGCAGUUCCACAACGUGAAGAACCCGGCCAAGAGCCGCGGCGGGCCCGGCCCCGACUACUACCUCAAGAACUACGAGGACGACAUUGUUCGCAGCGACAUUGCCCUGGAUAAGCAGAAAGGCUGUAAGAUCGCCCAGCAUCCUGACAUAAUGUUGGAGCUACAGAGGGAAAAGGCAGCUCAGAUGCACUUGGUUUUGUUAAAGGAGCAGUUUUCAAACACAUACAGCAACCUCACAUUAACAGCCAGGUCUCUAGACAAACUCUAUAACUUUGCUGACUGCUCUGGCCUUCACCUGAUCUUUGCACUGAAUGCUUUGCGCCGAAACCCCAACAACUCCUGGAACAGCUCCAACGCUCUCAGCCUGCUGAAGUACAGCGCCAGCAAGAAGUACAACAUCUCCUGGGAGCUGGGCAACGAGCCCAAUAACUAUCGGACCCUGAUCGGCCGCUCGGUGAACGGCAGCCAGCUGGGGAAGGACUACAUCCAGCUGAGAAGCCUGCUGCAGCUUAUCCGCACUUACUCCAGAGCAAACCUCUAUGGGCCAAACAUUGGGAGGCCCAGAAAGAAUGUCAUCGCUCUCCUGGAAGGGUUCAUGAAAGUGGCUGGCAGCACGGUGGAUGCUGUUACCUGGCAACAUUACUACAUCGACGGCCGAGUGGCCAAAGUGACAGACUUCCUGAAAACGCGUCUGUUAGACACGCUCUCUGACCAGAUCAGGAAAAUCCAGAAAGUCGUGAACACAUACACACCGGGGAAGAAGAUCUGGCUGGAAGGCGUUGGCGCGACCUCAGCCGGAGGCAUGAACAACCUCUCCGAUUCCUAUGCGGCCGGGUUCCUUUCUGGGGGCUUUGUUACGUACCAGGGAAGCAGCAGGGAAGUGGGAGCACCGUUCCAUUGCCAUUUUGGCUGGGACCGCACAAAAACCCAGCUCUCCCCAAGGCAGACAUCUGGCACACAACAUUUUCCUCCCAACCGCCAAAUUUUUGCUAGCCUGCAGGCAGGGAAGCCAGCCCCUCCUGCCCACUCCCGCUGGGAGACAGGGGGGACCGUCGUGCUGCUGACUGUCCCCUCUGCCCCGCAGGACUACUGGCUGUCCCUGCUCUACAAGCGCCUCAUCGGUCCCAAAGUCCUGGCAAUCCACGUGGCCGGUCUCCAGAGGAAACCCCGGCCGGGCAGAGUCAUUCGGGACAAGCUCCGCAUUUACGCCCACUGCACCAGCUACCACAACCACAACUACGUCCGGGGCUCCAUCACCCUUUACAUCAUCAACUUGCAUCGCUCCCGGAAGAAAAUCAAGCUGGCAGGGACGCUGCGGGACAAGAUCGUCCACCAGUACCUGCUGCAGCCCUACGGCAAGGAGGGGCUCCACUCCAAGUCAGUCCAGCUCAACGGGCAGCCGCUGGCGAUGGUGGACGAUGGGACCCUUCCCGAGCUAAAGCCCCGUCCGCUGCGGGCCGGCCGUACCCUGGUCAUACCCCCGCUGACCAUGAGCUUCUACGUGGUGAAGAACGUGAACGCGCUGGCCUGCCGGUACCGAUAGCCCGUGGCCCAGAACGGACCCACCGGCCCCGCUCCUGCCCCCGCGCACUCCCCAGGACACGCUGCCUCCUCGGCAGCCCCCACGGCAGGGCCACGUCGGGUGGGCACGGCGCCGUGCCCUCGGCCUGCCACCCUGGAUGCCCUCCGGCUUGGCACCCUCUCCCACCCUGUGACCGCAGAGGUCCUCUUGGCCCUGGCCACCAUCCCACCGGGGCGGUGUGAUGGCAAAUCUGCAGGGCCUGCCACCCUCCGGCCGGCCAGCGGGGAGAGGCACCGGGGGGUCCGGUGCCCACCGGCAGCUGGGGAGGACUGGGGUGCUGAGCCCGGCACCGGGCACCCUCCCCGGCGCCCCCCGGCCCGGCUGCCCCUCGGGGUGACCCCUCCGGCAGCCGGGUCCCCCUUUUCCUCUGCACGGGGGGGCUCGGGCAGCGCUGCCGGUGCAGCAAGUGCAUGGAAGCAGCUCCCUCUGCUGCCGCCAGCC